AUGUCUUUUUAUCCACCUCCAUUUCUUUUUUCUCUUCUUCAAACCCUUUUACUCCUCCGACUUCUUAUUCUGCUUCAUCUAAUCUUCCUCCUGCAUUUCUAUUUUUCUUCUAUAUUUUUUCACGUUACUGUCCUUCUUAAGCUUUUCAUGAUCCCUCUUUCCUUCUUACACUUUAACGUCCUUUUUCACCUCCUUUUCUUACUUAAUCUUAUUUUUCUCCUUCUCUUUUUUCUUCUCAUUAUUCUUCUUUCUCUCCUCAUGUUCUUUUUUUUUUACUCCUCUUCUUUUUUAAGUCUCAUUUUCUCUUCCUUUUCUCCUCUUUUAUUUUAUACCUCCAUUCGCGCUUUUCCUGAUUUUUCUUUUUCUCAUUUUCAUUCAUCACUUUCCCUCAUCCCCUUUUCCCUCAUCUUUCUUGUCUUACAUUUUUCAGUUUUCCUCGUUUUCAAUUCGUUAUCAUUAGUCCGGAUCAAUUCACUUCAACUCCAGAGACGUCAGCCAUUUCUUUCGUCAUUGUUUUUGAAAUUGUGUUCAUAUCCUUCCUCAACUUCGUUCUUUUUUUCUGUCAUUUUUUCAAUCCCCUAUUUCAUUUCUUUCUUUCUUUUUCUUUCUUACUUUCUUUCUUUUUUCUUUCUUUCUUUCUUUUUCUUUCUUUCUUUCUUUCAAACUCAAUUUCCAUUCUUUUCUUUUGCUAUUUUUCUUUCAUUUUUCUUUUUCUCUUUUUUUCUUUCUUUCUUUCUUUCUUUCUUUGCGGUGAGUAAAACUUCAUAA